AUGCGCUUCCGCGACCGGCAGAAAAAGGCCUUGGGAGAGUUCAGUGCGGAGGCAAGCCCCAACGAAUAUACACCAGCAGCAACAGCAGCAGCAGCAGCAGCAGCAGCAGCAGCAGCAGCAGCAGCAGCAGCAGCAGCAGUGGCAGCAGCUGUGUUGCGCCCUGCAGCAAGUGGUGGCUUCGGUGCAGCGCGAAGACAUUGCCCUCAUUUGCGGCUCUCUGAACUAAACUGCUGCUUGGGGGCCCUCGAGGCCCUGGGGGGUAUUCGAGAAGAGGGGCCCCUGGGGGCCCCCGGGGGCCCCUUCUUUGAGCCCGAAGGCCUCAAACCCCAGCAGCAGCAGCAGCAGCAGCAGCAGCAGCAGCAGCAGCAGGAGGCGCACGGGCUGCUAAGCUUGCUCGUGUCGCAGUUGAGCUGCUGCUCGCUGCUCUUCGGCCCCGCGGCGCCCAGCAGCAGCAGCAGCAGCAGCAGCAGCAGCAGCAGCAGCAGCAGCAGCAGCAGCAGCAAACUGCAGAGGGCCCCUGCGGGGCCCCCCCCCGGAAGUGUUUGCGAAGUGCUGCUGCAGCGAGACGCCAAAACCCUAAAAGUUUUGGAUUGCCAAAUUCGGAAAAAAGGAACUUUUAAUUACUUGAGUCGCGCAUGCACCCACAUGUGGGAGACGCAAACGGGGCUUUUUGGGGACUCUUCGCUUCCUGCUGCUGAAGUGCAGCAAAGGCUGCAGUCCGACAUGGCUUCCCUAGCCAAAACUGGUCACGUGAGCCGUUUGGUAUUUUUAGCUGUCUUGGGCCUGGCCGGGGAGGAAGCAGCAACAGAUGAACAAAUUGCUACUCUGUUCAGGCUCUACGGCCUUUCCUUCGGGGAGACAGUUAAUUACCUUGAGUUUAUAUCAAGAGUGACAGACGGCUGCAACGUAUUCAACAUGUCUUUCCUGCAGAGCAGCGAGCCCGCAGCAGCAGCAGCAGCAGCAGCAACAGCAGCAGCAGCAGCAGCAGCAAACUCAGCCUUCCCAGCAGAACUUCCCCUGGUGCAGCAGCAGCAAAGGGGCCUCACCCGCAGCUGGUCUUGCAGAGAGAAACUCACAUCUCUUUUGUCAGCAGGGGCCCCCCAGGGGGGCCCCCCAGGGGGCCCCCAGGGGGGCCCCCAGGAGGGCCCCCAGGGGGGCCCCCAGGAGGGCCCCCGCGGGGGGGCCUCUGUGGGGGGGGGCCCCCUGGAGGGGCCCCCCCUCGCCGCGGGGGGCCCCCAGGGGGCCCUCCUGGGGCCCGGGGGGCCCCUCCAGGGGGGCCCCCAGGGGGCCCUCCUGGGGCCCGGGGGGCCCCUCCAGGGGGGCCCCCUGGAAGGGUACGCUCCUUCUUUGUCAAGUGCUGCUGCUAUUCCUUUGCCUGAAGAAACUCUUCGAAUAAAACCAAAUAAAGAAACGGGAAAAGUAGAAGAGGCGCAGCUGCUGCAGCUGCUCAAAAGCCAGGGGUUGUCGAAUGUGUACGAAGAAGACGUGGCAGCUUUUCUUGCAGAAGUUCCUGGAGCUCUUUUGGGUUUAGAUGACAAAUUGGUUUUCGCUUUAAACCAAUUUGUGCAAUUUAGACACGAAAGAUUCAAGAGCAGCAAAUGGACUGGGUUGGCUACACAUCCGGGACGCGGAGGGCCUUUUCGAAGACUUCGUAAGUCUCAGGGCUUAGGGUUUAGGGUUUAG